UGCACAGAGGGUGGACCCUGAGCUACUGCAACCCACUGGGCUUGUGCUAAGCGAUUGAGAGGAACAGGAGCAGCCUGCAUCACUGCAGAGCCCACUGCAGACAGGGAGGGCACCAGGCACACUGCAAGGAGGAGGACGGAGCUGACAGCUGGUACGCAGGAAACUAGACAGUGUAUUACGUGAGGACUCUGCAGUAUCAGAGGUAAUGAUUGAUCUACAUAAACUCAGCUCCCUCAUCUCCUAAAGUCAACCACGUUCCAGCUCCAGGACUUCUCCUGCACCUUCAUUAGGAGGCCUCAUUAAAGCCGUCUGGAUGUAGGUCUGACCUAGGCCAGCCCUGUACAGUGAUCAUCAGUCUCCUGGAAUGCAACUGACCUGUUGGUGGGAGCGAGAGAGAAGUCAGGAGAAAGGAAUUUGUGCGCCGUCCUACAACCUCGCUCCAGCCUCCUGCAACAAUAACAAGGAACAAGGUGGAACACCUGUUCUCAAGGUACACAAUGCCCUUGAUGUGGAGUUACUGUAACCCUCAGCCGUUCUGCACGGAUUAUACUGUGUUUCUGUGAAAUUGCGGGAUACUCUGCGGCUGCUUCGCUCUACCUCUGAGGGAAUCUCGCUGAGGUCUACAUUAGACUGUACAAAUAUCAAGGCUUCCGGAUCUGGAGAUUGCAUUUGGACCCCACUUCUUGGAUAUUAUACACUGGUUUAUGUAAAAUCUCCUUCGGGAUUGUGUCAUCCUGCAGGAGAUGAUGGACAUUGGCACUGGAGUCCAGCUUCACUCCUCCCGAAUUAAGUCUCUGCCAAAUCAAUCUUUUUAAUCGUAAGCGUUUGCAUCUUCCUCAAGCCACAUGCAGGGGGCUCUAGGAGAAAACAAAGUUGCGGACAGUAAUGUGAAAAAAAUUCUUAUGUCGUGUCUGAAAGGGCAGCAGGUCAUUAUCAAAAUGGAGGCCAUGAAGAUCAUCCAGGCUGAGAAGUUCUCGGAAUGCCAGAACUCUCAGCCGAGGUACGGUCCUCCGUCAAGGAGGGAGCCUCCCCUAGUUGCCAAACGUGCCUGGCCCUCGGACUCGGAAAUUAUAGUCAACCAGGCCUGCGGGGAGAUGCCCACUCUGGAGAACUCUCCGAGCACCUUGGGUCUUCCAAGAACGCCUCCACCGCCGAGACGGGAGAAAAUCUACCCUGGUCAACGGAAAGCGAGCAGCGAAAUCUGUUACCAUCGUAAGACUCCUUCCGAUGAAGUUAUCGUAAACCAAUACGUGCUGCACCCCUCAACCCCCUGUGAACCCUUAGAAUGUCCGACCUGUGGCCACAUGUACAAUUUUACAAACAAGAGGCCUCGGAUCUUAUCUUGCCUCCAUUCGGUUUGCGAGGAGUGCCUGCAGAUUCUCUACGAGUCGUGUCCCAAGUACAAAUUCAUUUCAUGCCCGACCUGCAAGAGGGAAACUGUGCUGUUUACGGACUAUGGCUUGGCAGCCCUCGCCGUGAACACCAGCAUUCUUAACCGGCUGCCAACCGAGGCCCUGUCGGCCAACCCCGUGCAAUGGAGCACCGAAGCAGACCGCAGUUGCUACCAGACCUUUCGCCAGUACUGCGGUGCAGCUUGCAACUGUCAAGUCCGCAAUCCACUGUCUUCCUGUACCAUCAUGUAGCCUUGGGGCCGGGAUUGCCCCGGAGGACGCUUAUUACUUGUGCAGUAUUAUCUCGAAUGUUGGCAGAAGCGGGAUUGGGGGGGGGCAGCUUAUCUCCGAUUCGGCCACUUCUAUAUCCUGACUGUGUUCAAUAUCAGUGAAACAGACUUUUGUGAAUCGAGCGACCAUCGUUUACAUCUUCCUUCCAUCCGUCUUGGUGACUUCUUGCAUCCCUCUGUCGCUUUGUCUGCCCCUAGACUUGACCGUCCUCCUCCUCUUCCUUUGUGUCUCUCUUUUCUUACCGACCUUUUUCUAAGUGGUGAUGUAAAUAUGCAUGAAAGGACGGGUACAGGAACGGACUGGGGGGCACGGCGGUGGGCCCUUUGCUCCGUUACACAACCAGCUGUGCCACGUAAGGAAGGCACCAAGCACAACUCAACCUCUGACCAUAAAUGGUGGGUGGCAAAGCCACGGGUUGUUGGCGGAAGCUGCUGGUCACUCUGGAUCUAACCUACCCCAAUAGUCGGGGGGAGCGGGCAUCAUCUGACGCCCAUUGUCUAAAUUGUUUUGCCAAAGCUAUUAUUAAUAUUUCAGUUGCUGAACAGAAAUGAUAUAUUUUAAAUUAUUGUAUGUAUUUGAAAAAUGUUUAAAAAAAUGUGACUGCGUUAACCACUUUGCAGGUCCCUCUUGCAUCAGUUUAACCCCUCCUCUGCCGACGAGGUCUGCAGUACGUUGCGGUGCGAUGUACGGAGGAUGUUGUGGGCAGAGGGGCAGGUUAUUUAACUACGCGUUGUCCUGAUAAGAGAAUCAUGGUGGGAGACGUCUGUGUAUUGAUCCGCUAUUCAAUAGCUUGCUGACCAGGGACGUUGUUGCUGUAGCUAAGCUUCCUCUUCAGCUGAAAUAACCAUCAACUACAUAAAUGGCUACAACACACUCGG